AUUGAUCAUAUGCGAGAAAGAAGAGGCGCUUGUUUCCCACACUGUGAGAGCCCGCCGGUGUAGCACGCCCCCCAUUCACUCUCUCUGGCGCUCUGUCGUCCGCCGGGUUGAGCGACUGAAGCUGCCUGGGAGAGAAACAGCGAGGAGGGGAGAGGAAACGGAGCGAUAUGGCGAGCAUCAACAUGGGGCCGAGACCGCUGCUGCUGCUGGAGCUGGCGUGGGCUCUCCUGGCCCUCCAAGCGGUUUACGUCCGAUGUCUUAACGGCGAUGAGGACCAGAGCCAGGACACCGAGUGCAAGAUGAAGAGCGUCACCGUGUCGGCGCUGCCGUUUUUAAGAGAAAACGACCUGAGCAUCAUGCACAGUCCCUCGGCCUCUGAGCCCAAGCUUCUGUUCUCUGUUAGAAACGAUUUUCCCGGGGACGUGGUGGUGGUGGACGACCUGGAAAACACAGAGCUCCCCUUUUUCGUCUUAGAGAUCUCUGGGAACUCGGAGGACAUCCCUCUAGUGCGCUGGAGGCAGCAGUGGCUGGAGAAUGGCACUCUGCUCUUCCACAUCCAUCACCAAGACGGCAGCCUGAGCCUCCCAGAACCGACUGAGGAUCCAGCCAAUGUCUCUACGAAGGAGGAGCUCCGCAUCCUGCACAUCUCUGUGAUGGGCGGGAUGAUUGCCCUUCUGCUGUCCAUCCUCUGCCUGGUCCUGAUCCUCUACACUCGCAGGCGCUGGUGUAAACGCCGCCGCAUCCCUCAGCCCCAGAAGAGCGCGAGUGCUGAGGCAGCUAAUGAGAUCCACUACAUCCCAUCAGUGCUGAUGGGAGGCCAGGCACGCGAGAGCUUGAGGAACUCCCGGGGUCAGGGUCCAAACUCCAGCGGUACCCUCAGUAUCCGGGAGACACCGAUUUUGGAUGGGUACAAGCAGGGUUUGGAUGUGGGAUGGUAUGAGUAUGACAUUACCGACCUGCGUCACCAUCUGCAGCGGGAGUGCAUGAAUGGUGGGGAGGAAUUUGCCAGCCAAGUCACCCGUACCCUGGACUCGCUCCAGGGCUGUAAUGACAAGAAUAAUAUGGACCUCGCACCUGUGAGUGACAACACCAAGUUGGCGCUAAUGAACAAAUACAAGGACAACAUCAUUGCCACGAGUCCCAUCGAUAGCAACCACCAGCAGAACACCCUGCUUCCCCACAAUACCUCCACCAGCCAACGCAAACGUCUCUCCAGCAACACCCGCGCGGGUUCAACAUUCUUGAACCCAGACGGGGACUCUGGGACGGAGGCAGACAGCGAGCCUCAGCUGGCCUUUUACACCGACCCAAACCGCAGUCGCCGCCGGAGUCGAGGUAUGAGAAAUGGUAAUGCCAACAGCGCGUGGGGCUCAGGGGCAGCAGGUUCCCCACGGAGCCCCAUCAAUAAGACCACCCUGACUCUGAUCAGUGUCAUCAGCUGCGUGAUUGGCCUGGUUUACUCCUCUCACCUCUCCUGCAGCCUCUCAGUCCGGGUAAUCUUACAUGUUCCGGAGCACCUCAUUGCUGAUGGGUCAAGGUUCAUUUUGCUCCAGGGGAGCCAGUUGGAUGCUUCAGACUGGCUCAACCCGGCCCAGAUUUUGUUGUACUAUCAGCAGAAUGCCAGCGGGCCGUGGGUGAACGAGCUGUGUGGACGACGCCUCCUGGAUCCCUGCGAGCAUCAGUGUGACCCUGAGACAGGAGAGUGCCUUUGCUUAGACGGCUACAUGAAGGACCCGGUCCACAAGCACCUCUGCAUCCGCAGUGAGUGGGGGCCCAAUCAGGGUCCCUGGCCUUACACCAUCUUCCAGCGCGGUUUUGAUCUUGUGAUGGGAGAACAACCCUCUGAUCGCAUUUUCAGAUUCACGUACACCCUAGGAGAAGGGAUGUGGCUGCCAUUAAGUAAAAGCUUUGUCAUCCCCCCUGCUGAGCUCGCCAUCAACCCAUCAGCCAAAUGCAAGACAGACAUGACAGUCAUGGAGGAUGCGGUAGAUGUAAGAGAGGAGUUGAUGAUCAGUUCAUCGUUUGACUCUUUGGAGGUUCUCCUGGACUCUUUUGGACCUGUCAGAGACUGCACCAAAGACAACGGUGGCUGCAGUCGCAAUUUCCGCUGUAUAUCAGACCGCAAGCUUGAUUCCACUGGAUGUGUGUGCCCCCCAGGACUAAGUCCUAUGAAGGAUGGCACCGGGUGCUACGACCACCACAUCGGCAUCGACUGCUCCGACGGUUUCAAUGGAGGAUGUGAGCAGCUGUGUCUCCAGCAGUUGGCCCCUCUAGAGGAUGACCCGACACUCUACAACAUCCAGAUGUUCUGUGGGUGCAUCGAAGACUACAAACGCGGUCCAGAUGGGAGGUCGUGCCUGCCGCUGUCUGAGGCUUGCACUGAGGGAAUAGACUGUGGAGAAGUGCUUGAUAUCCCUGCCAACCAGACGGUGUUUGGAGACCUUUUCUACGGAUACAACAACCACACCAAAGAGAGCACCUCUGGACAGAUCCUCAAGGCCACAUUCAGGCAGAAGAACUUUGCCCGAGGCAUCGAACAGCAGCUCCCAGAUGGCAUGGUGGUGGCAUCGGUGCCAACAGAGGCUCAAUGCCACGAGGAGCUGUCAGACCCUGUGCCCGACCCAGAAUACCUCACAGGUAUGGUGAACUACAGCGAGGUGUCUGGUUAUCCGCUCGUUCAGCACUGGAAUCUUCGCUCUGUGCUCUAUCACGUCAAACUCAAUCAAUGGGUCCUCUCUCAAGCCUUCAGCUCCGCAAUUCAUUCUCUGGAUGGAGCCACACAGCGGAGCGACUUUGUCUCCAUCCUCAGGGAGUUUGGGAACCACUACGUGCAGGAGGCAGUGUAUGGCUUCCAGGAGUCCUGUACCAUCUGGUACCCCAACAAACAGGUACAGAGGCAGCUGUGGUUGGAGUACCAGGACAUAAGCAAAGGUAACUCACCUUCAGAGGAGUCCGAGGAGCGCGACAAGGAGCGCGACAAGGAGCCCCGGACGCUGACCUACCCUGCGUACAUUGCCAGUCUGCUGGACAGUGGAGCAAAGCGCAUGGCAGCCGGAGUCCGCAUGGACUGCAGCAGCCAAGGCCAGUGCCCACGGUCCUGCCACCUCUGCCACAUGAGCCCAAGGGCAGCACAAGGGCGGCAGCAGUCUGAGCCGGUGCUGCUGCAGAUUACCAAGGCUACACCUAUUUAUGAGCUGGUAUCCAACAAUGAGACCUACCAGGCUCUUCAGGAGGCAAUGAUGAGCAUGCUGUGGUGCUCAGGCAAAGGCGAUGUUAUCGAUGACUGGUGUCGAUGUGAUUCCAGCGCUUUUGGCACAGACGGACUGCCCACCUGCGCCCCGCUUCCUCAGCCCAUGCUUAAACUGUCUUACGCCUACGAACCCAGCAGCUCAUUGGUCAUCAUGGAGUGGAACCACACGGAGCCCCCAAUCGGUGUGAGGAUUGUUGAUUACCUCAUCAGCCAGGAGAAGGUGACAGAGAGAACCGACCACUCUAAAGUUGAGACAGAAACCCUUUUAAGCUUUGUGGAUGACAUCUUGUCCGGAGCCAGGUCUCCAUGUGUGAUGUUAGGUGACAUCCCUGACCUACUGUCCUCCUCCAUCAGUAUGAUUAUUCGCUGCCUGGAGCCCGACACCACAUACAUGUUCCGGCUAUGGGCAGUAGACAACACGGGGCGCCGUUCAACUCCAAGUGAAGUCACCAUCAAAACUCCAUGUCCAACUGUGGAUGACGUCAAAGCACAAGAAAUUGCAGAUAAGAUAUAUAACCUGUUUAACGGCUACACCAGUGGGAAGGAGCAACAGACAGCUUACAACACUCUGAUGGACCUGGGCGCUCCUACACUGCACCGUGUGCUUUACCACUACAACCAGCGCUACGAGAGCUUUGGUGAAUUCACCUGGAGGUGUGAGGACGAGUUGGGACCCAGGAAGGCUGGCCUCAUCCUCUCGCAGCUUGAUGAGCUCUCCCCAUGGUGUAAGGGUCUCCUUCAAGAGCCAAAGAUCGGUCUUCGCAGGAUGUCCCUCAAGUUCCUGUCCUGUCGUUACACAGACACCAAAGUCUUUGGGCUUAACUGGUCAGACAUGGGCCAGGACGUACAAAAGGCAUGUGAUGAGCAGACGCUCACUGUCAUGUAUAACGACUACGGCGAGCCCAGGGAGCUCUGAAGGUUUCAGAUUUGAUUUAGACGACAACAGUUUACUAUUGCAAAUUGCAGUAUUUGUAUUUGUUGUCUCAAAUGCUCCACAUUAUUUGAAAAAGCCAUUAACUUUUUUAACUUAAAUGGCUCCUGAACUAAACAUAUUUCAUGUAUUACGGUAUCCAGUGGUCUCUAAAGUCAGCUCUAAAAAUCAGCUAAGAAAAAGGUCCUAAAUGAAUCCACGUCUCUUUGCUGUCCUUAGACCUGAAAGACUUUAAGUUAGUGAACAUAAUGCAGUCGUUGAUGCUUUCACCAGAAGCAUCUUUCUUCUUGAAGUUGAUCAGUUCUCACUGGUCAUUCUUCACUGCAUAUAAGACUAUGUUGUAAUAAGUAUUUUCUUUACUAUACAUUGUGAUCUUAUGGCCUGAAGCAUCAUUUUAGGUGAAGCGAAUAAUUUAGCAUCAACACAAGCUUUAUAUUCAAAUCAAGGCCGGUGUGUUUAACUUAGUGGGCAUCAAAAUCCACACAACUCCAGCUCUCAAAUCCAACUAACCCCACAGUUAUCCAGAUUGAAUCAUUUGAGUGUAGGAUGUCAGGCGAUGGUGUAAAUGAUACUUACUUGUGUUUUGUUUGAUCAUGGCUCAUAGAUAUGGAAUUAUGAAAGACGAUUUGUUUUUUGAUCAUUUCAAAUCUGUGAAACAGAAGGAAAGUGAUUUUUUUCUCUUUAAAGCAUUAAUUUGAUCCACAGUUUCAUUCUGAUUGGACAUUUUCAGAUUUAAACAGCUGCUUUGUGCCUACUUAAAUCCAAAAGUACCCAAAUCUUUAAAUGUUUUGGGAAAACACAGGAAAGUUGUCCGCCAACCAUCGGUGGCUACAGGAAGCCUAGAUGCAAUUACUUGAUUCUUGGACCUGAUUUGUGAUCUGGAGUCAACUUCAUAUGAAGUUUACAUAUAAAGUUGGCUUAAAAGAGUCUGUCCAGUUCACUGUAGCCUCACCUUCACUGGCACAUUCCAGCAACAGUUAUAAAUGAAUAUUUUUCUGCUUCAGUUUUUAGUGGUUUUCAUCCAAAUGUAUUAUGAAUGAAUGCAGCACCUGCAGCAGGUGAACAGUUGUGCUAGACAUCAAGUAUCUGAUGACGUGAAUAGUUCUGGUAUUGGCUGCUUAGCUGCGUGUAGUUCCUUAUUCAUCGGGGGCAUUCUGCUUUUAGCUGCUACUCCUCCAUGUAUGUAUUUUGGAUGAAGUCAGCGUCACAGUAUGUAGUUACAGACCUUUUGUCUGUUUUCUCAUCUUUCCAACAUGCCGAAGAGUUCAAGACAUGCAAUAUACUUCAGGAUGUGUCAUACAUGAUACUGGGAAAAGGCAGUACCUUAUAAAGUUCUGUUUCUAUAACAAAGAAAGAUUGCAUGUAGGCAAAUAGAGAUUUACUAGAAAAGCAAAACUUAGAAAGGUUAAUUAUGUAGAUAAUAGUCGGAAUUAUUUUAGUAGUAUAGACAUUCAAGAGAAAGCCCUGUACAUAACAUUCAAAGUUUUAGUGAUAUAACCUGCUCAAUGUAGUGUUAUUUGCAUUUAAGCUGUAGUACAGAAGGUGUAACAAGCAUCAAAAACACAUGAUUUAAAAUCUGUACAAAUCCAAUAAAAACUGUCAAAACUAUCCUUCUUCAUUGUUUUCAAGUUUGAAUGUGAUUUAAUCCAGUGAAUACUUUCAAAAUGAUCAUUCUGUACUUAAGCUGUAGUUUAACAGCAGUUUAAUCAUCUUAAUUUUACGUGCACUAAUCCGGUGUGUUUCUUGCCAGCUUAUUCUUAUUUUAUUUGAAUUGACUCAUGUUAUUAUAAUAUGGUAUUUUGGUUUGUAUUGUAUUAACUGCUGCUAGUAAGUUAUAAAUUAAUAGUUUAUUAAACUUUAGCAAAUAGUUCUUUAAGUGUUAACGGGCAAAACGAAUACUUAAAUACUUAUUCUGUGCUGAUUUUGUGCUUCUGGUGACUUUCCAUAUUUGUAGCUAAUCACCUAAUUGUGAGGGUGAAUGAAUAGCGUCUAGUUACAAGUUACAAAUGCCAACUCUCACAUUAAUGUUUUAUUAUUACUCACUACUUUAAUGAUAACCCAGACGGCUAAUAUUAGUCAUUGAUAAAAGUUAACCAGCUAACAUUAACAGGUGGUCCAGAUUGAACAUUUAUGAUAAUUCAUUAAUAAUUUAAUGUUUCAAAACAACAGUUUUAUUGACGAAAUCUUUAAAAAGAUGUGUUCAUCUUUAAGACACUGAACCAUGGUUCUUGUACUACUGUUGACAUGUCCAGGUACUAGUGAGGGGACGAGCUGUGUGGCUAACAGUAACACUGUAUGAAGUUCUGUCCUAACUGCUCUGUUAGUAUCAGUACUGCUGUGAAUGACUUCAUCUGAUAGUCAUUUUUAGUAUCAGCCAACAUCAUAUUUUUUUUAGAAUUUUGUUAUCAAAAGGUACCAUUAAGUGUCAGUUCUAGUGAAAUAUCUAUAACUUUGUCUGUUAACAGGAAAAAGCUACUAGCUACAGUUUUAUCCUCUAUUAAUUUGCCAUUUAUUAAUUCCAGUUAUUUUUAGGUGUUACUGUUACUUUAACUGUAGUGGCCAAGUCAAAGGUUGAUGUCAAAGAAAAAGAUAUAAACGAGCAGGUGAUUUUUAACAGUUCUCGUAUGUGAAUACUAAAAUGAGCGCUUGUAGAUUUUUGUAUAGGCAGCAAAUUAUUUCAGAAAUGCUUCACGUUAGAGCACAGUACGGUGUUUGACUUCUGUAUAUAAAUGUACACCAAUUGGUAUUUUACAUUUACACGUGCUUUACUAGAUCCAAUGAUGUACUGUAAUAUCUGCUGUGUAUCUCAGUCUCUGCACAUUAACACACUGAUGCCUGUUGCAAAACGACGAGCAUACGGUUCUUAAUCUUCUGUGAUCUGUAGAUGAUACCUGGAAUUCAGCUGAACUUCUGCGCUGAGCUAAACUGAAAACGAAAUAACCAACAAAAUAAAAAAAGAUAUGGGGACCCAUUUGAGCAUUUCAGAAACAUGAAACAACCAUCUACUAUCUGCAUGCUAUAUUGUGUGUGGCAUCAUAAAGUCGACUUUUUCACUUUGAUCUUUGCUACUUCUGAGAACAAUAAAAGAAUAUACUACAAAAA